UCAACAGAUGGGCAACAUUCAUACGCAUGCGCAUUAUCGAUUCUACAGGAGUCAUUCGCUAUAGACUAUAGCUGACGAAUCUGAAUUAAGGCAAUCUUAGGUUAGUAGUAAUUGCAAGGGUCGACAAUACUAACAAAACUUCCGUAUCUUAAAUUUCUAAUUACGUUUUUUAAAUUUAUGGAAUUAGAAUGAUGAAAAUUUUCCGAAGUGAAUAAUUUUUUUUAAAAGUGAAAAUACUUAAACAAAAUUUAAAUGGCAGUGACUUCAUAAAUAAUCAUUACUUGUUUAUCCAACCUUAAAAAACAUAAUAUUUAUUAUAUUCAAUUAAAAAAUGGCGGAUUGUGAAGAGCUUCAUAAAAAUUUACUGACAUCGAUUCGUAAUAAUGACUUAAAUGAAUUUUUAAAUGUCAUUCCAUCAAAUGCACUUUUAUCAUCCUCUUUUGGAUACAAAUUGCUCUGCACUGCUCUAGAAUACCAGCAAACAGAAAUCGUGAUAUUUUUAUUGGAAAAUAAGGUACCAGUAAAUACCGUCACUCAAAAUGGCAGCCUAUCAGCACUGCACCUCGCAGUGAUAGGCAACAAUUUGAAAAUAAUUGAAAUGCUUUUGGCGAAAAAAGCAUCAAUUGAAGCCAGAGCAGAUAUUGUAAGACACCAUGACUGUUUGAAGCCCAUGUACACAUUUUAUCAUCAAGAUGGAUACACGCCUCUGCAUUUGGCCGUUGAAAAAGGUAAUUUUGAUAUAAUAAAUCUACUACUAAAAUCCGGCGCAGACGUCAAUUCCAAAACAAAAGAAGACUUGACACCCAUUCAUAUUGCUGCUAUUAUGGGCACUGGAGUAAUUUUGAAAUUACUUGUUAAUCACGGUGCAAGUAUGGACGUAAAAUAUUCACGGACGAGAAGAGGAACUUAUUCUUACAGUAAACGCAAUGGCAAAAUAUAUGAAGGCUACUAUUCAUAUUCCGAAGGGUUUUCUCUACUGCACAGUGCAAUCGAAAAUAACAAUAAUGAUGUUAUCAAAACACUACUAAAUUUGAAAUUUGACGUUAAUGUUGAAGAUGCAUUUGGUACGACACCUCUGAUGAUUGCAGCCGGCAAAACAAAUUUCCACAUUGUUAGAUCACUGCUGGAUCAAAAUGCAAAUUUGCAUAAUAUUGAUUACGAUGGAAAAAUGACGAUACAUUACUUAUUUAUGAAUCGAUCAAUACAGUUGAGAAGAACAUGUGAUAGAGAAAAAAAUUAUAUAAGAAAUAAAAUUGCGCUGAUUACUCUGUUAAUAAGAAAUGACGCUAAUUGUGACGCAGAAAUUAAUGGGAUUCGCUUAACGGCUCUUCAUUUGGCUGCUUAUUACUCGUAUCGCGAAGCUGUUGAAUUAUUGGUUAAUUAUGGUGUGAAUGUUGGUGUACAAACAAAUUUCAAUGGUAGGAAUUACACGGCACUUGAACUUGCUCAUGGAGUUUUUAAGACACAUGAUUUUUUAAAGGCUGAAAAAAUUUUUCUGGGCGAUUGUUUUCACACUGAACAAUGCUGCCGUUAUGAAGAACGCGAAGCGACUCUUGUUGUUUUGAUAAAACAUGUUAUGAAGAUGAGAGCGCUGGGUGUUGAAGUUUGUAAACAGGAUUUGGAUUUAAUUUACAAGGAAUACCGAAAUCAUUAUGAUAAGUUCGAUAAUGUGUUAAGUGAAGAAGUUGAUAGAAUGAGAAAUGAAUUUUUUUGUGAUAGUUAUGUAAGCUUUUAUGAUAUUGUUGUUAAGGAUAUUGCUAAGCUGGCAAUGUAUGCAAGGAAUAAAAAUAUCUUUGUGGACAAUGAUACUUAUCGAAAUAAAUUCCCUAACUUUUACAAUAUGGCAUCUAGUAGGUUUAAUCGUGCGCUUAAGAAAAAACAGUGGCUUGAUAAGUGCGAUCAUGUAUAUUUUAUUUUUAGAAGUGUUUUUAAACUACCGGAUUAUUGUGUAAAGAAAAUAUUCUCUUAUCUAUCGCGUGAUGAUGUGAGAAAUUUUUAUUAAAAAAUAUAUUGUAUCACAAAAAA